CACCGGUGAUUGGGCGCCAGAACUCAGCUCCAUGCUGGAACACUAUUGGCACUAUCCCCCCCACUGACACUAACUAUGGGGCACUAUUCCUCCCCCACUGACACCAACGAUGAGGCACCAUUUCUCGUCCCCACUGACACCAACGAUGGGGCACUAUUCCUCCCCCCCCACUGACACCAAUGAUGGGGCACUAUUCCACCCCCCACUGACACCAAUGAUGGGGCACUAUUCCACCCCCCACUGACACCAAUGAUG